GGAAAGUAGUUGUUCGGUGUCAGAGCGGCGGAAGCGGAGCUUGGAGAAGUCUGUGUCCGCCCCAGGUGUCAGACAGCCUGUAUGGUCAUCGCGUGACGGCUCGGAAAAACGGUUUUGAAAAAGUUCCUGUCGGGAAAACAAGCGCCAACAUGCCGAACCUACGACCCAGGCUGUGCGUGAUGGAGAAGGGACCCAGCGGGUACGGCUUCCACCUGCACGGGGAGAAGGGGAAGAACGGGCAAUUCAUCCGGCUCGUGGAGGACGACACCCCCGCCUCCAAGGCCGGGCUGCUCGCCGGGGACCGGCUCAUGUUCGUGAACGGGGACAACGUGGAGGGCGAGAGCCACCAGCAGGUGGUCUCGAGGAUACGGGCCACCACCGGGGCUCUGGCGCUGAUCGUGGUGGACGAGGAGACCGGGGAGCUGCUGAAGAGGCACAACCUGCAGUGCCGGGAGGAGUUCGUCGAGGACGGGAUCCCGGUUCCCGGGGCCGACAGCGACUCCGACCGCGGCGACACGCGGAGCAACGGCGACUCCGACCGCGGCGACACGCAGAGCAACGCCGACUCCGACCGCGGCGACACGCAGAGCAACGGCAGCGAGGCCCGGCAGGAGAACGGGGACACGUCCUCGGAGAGGUCCGCCAGGCUCAGUGUGAGCUCCAGCACCAAGGACGACGGUCCACGGCCUCGCCUCUGCCACCUGAAGAAAGGCUCCACAGGUUACGGCUUCAACCUGCACAGUGAGAAGACCCGACCGGGCCAGUUCAUCCGAGCCGUGGACGACGACUCCCCCGCACAGAGAGCCGGGCUGCGAGCCCAGGACAAGAUCAUCCAGGUGAACGGCGUGUCUGUGGUCGGCAUGCAGCACUCGGAGGUGGUGGCGGCCAUCAAAGCCGGCGGAGACGAGACCAGGCUGCUGGUGGUCGACCCCGAGACCGAGGAGUUCUUCAAGAGAUGCAACAUCCAGCCUGGCGAGGAGCACGUCAGCGGACCCCUGCCUGAACCCGUGUCAGCGAGAGCGUCGGAGGACGAGGAACCGAAGGUGAAGUCCAAACUGAGCUCCUCUGCCUCUAGCGCCUCCUCCAACAGCUCCCUGCCUCCACAGACUGAAAAGGAGCCCGAGUUUCCCGAUGGCCUGGGUCUGGGUGUGUCUCUGGCUGAGGCGAGGGAGCGAGCACAGAAGAAGCGAGAGGCCAGGAAAGCCCCGAAGAUGGACUGGAGCAAGAGGAACGAGCUGUUCAGCAACUUAUAAAGACCUGUGACGCCCUCCAGCCCCCCAGCCCUCCACCCCCACCCCGCUCAGUGCACCCCCACCCACCCCCCAGUGGAGGAUCUGCAGAUCAUCAGCCCAUGAAGGACACUUCCUUUGAAACUUCUUCAGUAUUAUUCCCACGCGCAGAUUUUAUGGUUGUAAUUUCGGGGUUUCUGCAUCACACUGGAAUGAAUGUUAAUACAGGAAGAAGAAGAAUGUACAGUUUGUAAUGUGGGAGGAAGAAAUCAAAGGUUCGAUUGGUUUUAGUUUUUUUUGUUUUUUUUAAUCAAUCCGAAAAGAGGGAGCUGACUCCACGGCACAUCUUAACAAGGCCUCCUCCCCCUCCGCCUCCUGAUUCCUAGAAAUAAAGUUAUUUUUUCAAUGUGUACAUACCUAAAGGAGAUGAUUUUCAAGCUGAUUUUUUACUGACUGAUCGUGUAGCGUCGUGUUGAUUGUGACUGAGGUGGUCCCGCCGAAGCCCCUCACACUUGAUAAAACUAGAAUUUGGAUCACA